AUGAACCCCAAACAAACAAACAAUCCUGACUCGUGCAGGAUAAAAGAUUUAUUACUCAUUCAUUUAAGAGUUAUAGCCCAGAUAAACCCAACAAACAUUAAGAGUUAACCUCCAAGUGGACGAAGAAGAUAAAAUGGUGUACCUGGACGACAUGAGGACGUAUUUCCACUCUCAUAAUAAGCAGAAAGAAUACGUGGGACACAACUCUAAGGUUCAUACUAUUGGCUGGAAUGCUGAUGGUCGCCGCCUGGCGUCAGGAUCUUAUGAUAAAUGUGUCACUAUAUUUGUUUUUGAUGGUCACCGCGAGACACUGAGAAAGGACUACACGUAUAAAGGUCAUGGUGAUAGUGUUGACCAAUUGUGUUGGCACCCGACACACUCUGAACAGCUCACCUCAGCCAGUGGAGAUAAAACUGUAAGAAUUUGGGAUACACGCACCCAUAAAUGUUCUGCGACCAUCAAUACAAAAGGUGAGAACAUCAACAUCACUUGGUCCCCAGAUGGCCAGACUAUUGCAGUUGGCAACAAGGAGGACCUGGUUUCUUUCAUUGAUGUGCGCAGCCAGAAGAUCCGUCACGAACAGCAGUUUAAAUUUGAAGUCAACGAGUUAUCCUGGAACAAUGCCAAUGAUUUGUUUUACCUCACCAAUGCACAGAGUGGUCAAGGAUACAUUCACAUCUACAAUUAUCCGGAGAUGGAGCUAGUUCACUGCAUUCAUGCUCAUCCUGGCAACUGUAUUUGUAUCAAGUUUGAACCAAAUGGGCAGUACUUUGCCACAGGCUCUGCUGAUGCCCUCGUGUCUAUCUGGGAUGCGCAGGAACUCUACUGCCGCAUGACAUUAUCCAGAUUAGAAUGGCCGGUUCGCACCCUGAGUUUCUCUCAUGAUGGUCAGCUGUUGGCAUCAGGCAGCGAGGAUCAGAUGAUUGACAUUGCUCACAUAGCCACUGGGGAGCAGGUGGCACACAUCAGUGUUGCAUAUCCUACCUUCACACUAGCAUGGCAUCCAAGACACUUUCUUCUGGCAUACGCUUGUGAUGACAAAGAUGAUCGAGAACGCGACCGCGACGCUGGAACUGUCAAACUCUGGGGUCUUGGUGAGCGAAGUUGAGACAGAAGGCUGGAGCUGCUCAAGUGUUGGAGCUCUGUGAAAGAAGCUGAGAUUCAGUGCUGGAACUUGCAAGUGUUGGGGUAGUAGUAAAAGGAGUUGGCGUUUGCUGAAAGUGUCAAGUGUUGGAGUCUUGGUGAGUAGAGUUGAGACUGUGCACUGGAAUAGUAACACUGGGGCCAUUAUGAAUUGAUUCGAGAUUGGACUACCAAGCUCCGGGGGUCCCUGUGGAAUGAGUUGAGAUUGUUUUCUGUAACUGUACAGUAGUGUAGUAAACUAGUAAACAUGUCAUUAUGAUUUCAUGAGUCAGUAGUGUAGUACUGGGGUCUUGGUGCCUAGAUUUAAAAUUGUAUGAUGGAGCAAUAGUGUUCCAGUCUUUGUGAAUAGUGUUGAGAUUGUACUUUCGGACUGUCAGGCUUUGGGAUCCUUGUGAAAGGAGUUGAAAAGGUAUGCAGGGAUUGUUGAAUAUUUGGGUCCUUGCGACUGGUGUCUAAUGCUUCAAUUCUACUCUUCAAGUUCUGAAGAUAAUUUGAUUUUGCUGUGUAGGUAGAUAGGUAGUACGUAAUUGCAAUCACAAAUCAACACUAAAAUAGGAAAUAGUUUAAAUAUUAAGUAUUGGACAUUACUGCUGGUAAAAAUUAAAAAUACAUGUAUGUAUUUCUUAAUAAGCUAUUGAAGAAAGUUUUUAUAAUACAUAUUUAAGAUACACUUUUGAGAGUGGCUUUUUGAUUCUAAGUAAAUACUUUAUCUGAAUUUAGUAUCCUUUGAAAAUAGUUACUUACAUAUUUUUGAUAAAUAAAAUUGUCACCAAUUACAAGAGAAUGCUCAGCACUGCCAUUUCAUAUCAUUCCAGUUGUAAUAUGUGUUCAUACCAUAUUAAAACAAAUUUGUAUAUGAGUUAAUUACUUCUUUCAAUAAAUUGGCCGUAUCCCACCUAGGCAGGGUGGCCCCCCCCCCAAAAAAAAAAAAGAAGUUUCUCUUUUUAACUUUAGUAAUGUAUACAGGAGAAGGGGUUACUAGCCCCUUGCUCCCGGCAUUUUAGUCGCGUCUUACGAUACACAUGACUUAUGGAGGAAAAAUUCUGUUCCACUUCCAUACGAAGAUCAGUUAAUUACAUUAUGUACUGUAAAAAUUUUAAUUACCAGUUCAGGAAUCAGAUCAAAAGUUAAAUUGGUCCCUCAGUUUAACUUUCGACCUGAUGUGAAAUUUAUUAUUAUUAUUAUUAUCACACUGGCUGAUUCCCACCAAGGCAGGGUGGCCCGAAAAAGAAAAACUUUCACCAUCAUUCACUCCAUCACUGUCUUGCCAGAAGGGUGCUUUACACUACAGUUUUUAAACUGCAACAUUAACACCCCUCCUUCAGAGUGCAGGCACUGUACUUCCCAUCUCCAGGACUCAAGUCCGGCCUGCCGGUUUCCCUGAACCCCUUCAUAAAUGUUACUUUGCUCACACUCCAACAGCACGUCAAGUAUUAAAAACCAUUUGUCUCCAUUCACUCCUAUCAAACACGCUCACGCAUGCCUGCUGGAAGUCCAAGCCCCUCGCACACAAAACCUCCUUUACCCCCUCCCUCCAACCUUUCCUAGGCCGACCCCUACCCCGCCUUCCUUCCACUACAGACUGAUACACUCUUGAAGUCAUUCUGUUUCGCUCCAUUCUCUCUACAUGUCCGAACCACCUCAACAACCCUUCCUCAGCCCUCUGGACAACAGUUUUGGUAAUCCCGCACCUCCUCCUAACUUCCAAACUACGAAUUCUCUGCAUUAUAUUCACACCACAUAUUGCCCUCAGACAUGACAUCUCCACUGCCUCCAGCCUUCUCCUCACUGCAACAUUCAUCACCCAUGCUUCACACCCAUAUAAGAGAAUUGGUAAAACUAUACUCUCAUACAUUCCCCUCUUUGCCUCCAAGGACAAAGUUCUUUGUCUCCACAGACUCCUAAGUGCACCACUCACUCUUUUUCCCCUCAUCAAUUCUAUGAUUCACCUCAUCUUUCAUAGACCCAUCCGCUGACACGUCCACUCCCAAAUAUCUGAAUACGUUCACCUCCUCUAUACUCUCUCCCUCCAAUCUGAUAUCCAAUCUUUCAUCACCUAAUCUUUUUGUUAUCCUUAUAACCUUACUCUUUCCUGUAUUCACCUUUAAUUUUCUUCUUUUGCACACCCUACCAAAUUCAUCCACCAAUCUCUGCAACUUCUCUUCAGAAUCUCCCAAGAGCACAGUGUCAUCAGCAAAGAGCAGCUGUGACAACUCCCACUUUGUGUGUGAUUCUUUAUCUUUUAACUCUACGCCUCUUGCCAAGACCCUCGCAUUUACUUCUCUUACAACCCCAUCUAUAAAUAUAUUAAACAACCACGGUGACAUCACACAUCCUUGUCUAAGGCCUACU